AUGGAACGGACGAUUGGUAACCUUGGCCAAGAGAUACGCCAACCAUCGCGGCCUUAUGCAAACUUGUCACAGGAAGGGGUUCGCCGUUGUAAAGUGAACACCCUUCUAUCUAUUAUACCUGACCUCGAUGAACCUGCAAAAGGUCUCCCAGAAGGUUCGGUAGACCUAGGUGAUGGGUACGCACUAUUGCGAAAACGGGACAGGUACAUGUUUUCGCCAGCUGGAGCUGCCACACAAGCUAUGUGCGAUUUUAUUGGGGAUGGACAGGAACUUCCUCAUAUUAAACAGAUGCUCAAAUCAUUGGAUCAAACACGCAUGUCGCGCAAUGUGAAGCUAAAAUAUGAUGGGCAGAUUCGAUUCGGUGAAGUUUUAUACUUCACCAGGUUGUCAGUUGAAGCCGACCCUGAUGAUGAUCGUCACUGGCGUUUUGCAGAUGUGGCCAUCAUUUGCCUGUACUCCCAUCCAGACGAAGACCUCCUCCGGCUCUCCUCACAGACCGUUGUAUCUUGCUCCCGACUUGAGGACAUCUACAUUGUUGAUGUUAAGCAGAUCCUCAGUGUGGUUGCUAUGAUUCCGCACACACCAACGUUACCAUCAGGAUUUACGGAGGCCCGAUUUUUCAUGAUGGAGAAGCCAGGAUUAGAUAUCUCGCCUCUCAGUGGAAAUGCCGCUAAUGUCAAUCAUUUGGAUGAUAAUGAUAAUGCUCCAGAUGUAGAGUAG